UUGGCGGCAGCCCCGGGGGCGGGGCAAAGCGAACGUCACUUCCGGCCGCGGACAGCGAGGUCCUCUCGCGCUAUGACGGCCAGGGCGGAGGCGCGGGGGCAGCGCCCAGGAGUCGGGGUAGGAGUAGUGGUGACCAGCUGCAGGCAUCCUCGCUGCGUCCUCCUGGGGAGAAGGAAAGGGUCAUUUGGAGCCGGCAAAUUCCAACUUCCCGGGGGCCACUUGGAGUUCGGUGAAAGCUGGGAAGAAUGUGCUCAAAGGGAAACCUGGGAAGAAGCAGCUCUUCACCUGAAAAAUGUUCACUUUGCCUCGGUUGUGAAUUCUUUCGUUGAGGAAGAGGAUUACCAUUAUGUCACUAUUCUAAUGAAAGGAGAGGUGGACGCGACUCAUGAUUCAGAACCAAAGAAUGUAGAGCCUGAGAAAAAUGAAAGUUGGGAGUGGGUUCCUUGGGAAGAAUUUCCUCCCCUGGACCAGCUUUUCUGGGCACUACGUUGUUUAAAGGAACAAGGCUACGAUCCAUUUAAAGAAGAUUUGGAUCAUCUGGUAGGAUACAAAGGAAAUCACCUAGAGGUGAACAAGGGGACUCCCUGAUUUUUUUU